AUGAUUGGUUUGGUAUCAAGUUUAGUUGGAUUCACCAGCUAUGCCAUGAUCCCUCCUUUCAACAAACUCUUCAACUACGGUGAGUUAGGGUUGUUGGUGGUCAUCAUAUACUGUGCCCUAGCUUCCCUUCUAUGCUGCUUCAUGCUUUGUUGUUCGACAACAUGGAGUUUACCAAACAAGAGGAGGAGUGUGUUGACAGCACAUGUAGUUUUCUUUGUUUUCAUGGCAACAUGUGUCUACUCCUUUUACGUUGACAAAACCCAACGAAAUACAAAGGGUGACAAAACGUUGAACUUGGUCUCUUGUGGAUCAUUUUCUCUCGUGUCCUUGAGUGUGUCGAGAUUAAGUGAGCUUGGAUUCGAAACGGGUGUGUUCAAUUUCUUCUUGGGUUCCCUCAUGGUGGCUGUCAUGAAAUGGAAUUUGGUUUUUGCCUUGGGAGCUGCAGCGUUUUGCUAUAUUCUUAUAACCAUUCGCACCUACUCAGAUCCUCAUUCCGAGAUGGAAAAUACACGCCAACAAGAAACACUUGAGAUGGAAAACAUGGAUACAACACUUGUAGAGACGGAAAUUGACAUAGAAAAAGAAGAAGAAAACUUAGAAACACAACUUAUAGAGAUUAAUCGCCUUCCAUGUAAUGAUUUGUACUGCCCAAACUGUUCAAAAUGUAUUGAGAGAACUAUUUUGCUAAAACCAAAAAGGAAGCUGUUCCGGCAGCAAGUAUAG